AUGGGUUGUAUCGGCUUGAUAGUCAAGCCGAACACAAAAUGCACCGACAAAGGUUCGUACCGCAGUGUUGCCCCUUCUUUGGAGGCCGAAGGCUUAUGGUUCCCAUUCUCUCAACUUUCAUUCGUUUCCGGUCCCUUCGAGGAGGAUUGUUGCCGUCGCUGGCGUUUCCUCCAAGCCCCAGGGGACCGCCGUCGAUUCUCGGCGGUGGCGGCCCAGACGACGCAGAGUGAGGGCUCCGAUGUGCUGACGAAAAUCCCCCCUGAUGAUCGGAUUCCAGCGACUAUCAUUACUGGGUUCUUGGGCUCUGGGAAGACUACUUUACUAAACCAUAUAUUAACUGCUGAUCACGGGAAACGCAUUGCAGUGAUUGAAAAUGAGUAUGGUGAAGUCGACAUCGAUGGCUCUCUAGUUGCUGCAAAGACUACUGGGGCAGAGGACAUAAUUAUGCUCAACAAUGGUUGUCUCUGCUGCACUGUGAGGGGUGAUCUUGUUAGGAUGAUUUCAGAAUUGGUCAAUAAAAAGAAAGGGAAAUUUGAUCAUAUUGUUAUAGAGACUACAGGAUUGGCAAAUCCAGCACCAAUCAUUCAGACAUUUUAUGCUGAGGAUCAGAUUUUCAACGAUGUCAAACUGGAUGGCGUUGUUACUUUGGUUGAUGCUAAACAUGCUGAUUUUCACUUGGAUGAGGUUAAGCCUAAAGGAGUAGUCAAUGAAGCAGUAGAGCAAAUUGCCUAUGCUGACCGUAUUAUAGUAAAUAAGAUUGAUCUUGUUGGUGAGCCAGAAAUUGCUUCAUUGGUCCAGCGGAUAAAGAAUAUAAAUCGCAUGGCUCAUCUCAAGCGGACAGAGUUUGGAAAAGUUGACUUGGAUUAUGUACUUGGAGUAGGAGGCUUUGAUUUGGAGAGGAUUGAGAGUGCUGUCAAUUCAGAAGGUGUGAAGGAAGAUCAUGCCACUCACAGCCACGAUCAUGAUCAUGACCAUGAUCACCAUGAUCAUCAUCAUCAUGAACAUGACCACGGACAUGAGCACAAUGAUCACCAUUCCCAUGAUCACACUCAUGACCCAGGUGUUUCUUCAGUCAGCAUAGUUUGUGAAGGGAGCUUGGACCUUGAGAAGGCUAACAUAUGGUUGGGUACAUUGUUGUUGGAACGUAGUGAAGAUAUAUAUCGGAUGAAAGGUCUCCUUUCUGUUCAGGGUAUGGAUGAGAGGUUUGUCUUUCAGGGAGUUCAUGAUAUAUUCCAAGGUUCACCUGAUCGGUUAUGGGGCCCAGAUGAACCAAGAGUAAACAAGAUCGUGUUCAUAGGGAAGAACUUAGAUGGAAAGGAAUUAGAAAAGGGUUUUAAAGCUUGUUUACUGUCCAAAUAAACUAAAGACAAUCUGUGAAUAUCCUUUUUAAUAGAUAUUCUCCAUUAAUCGGCCUGUUGCCCUGUUUUGACAGUUGAAGACUGAAUAAUUUUGACAAAUUAAUACAUGCUGGAGCUCAAGGAAAUCCAUGUAUCUUUGUGAAUACCAUAUUUUGUUGGGUUUAUGGAGAAGAUUAAUUAAUGAUAUGCUAUUCCGUAUUCCUUCA